AUGGAGGAACAACUAGCUCAACUACACGCAAACAUGGCUGCAUUGGUAAAUCAGAUCCAACAACAACAGGCGGACUUCACAGAGAGAGUAGCUCGGCUAGAGCAACAAAACGCUCCACACGAAGUGGUACUACACGACGAAGUCAAACUUAACAUCAGCGACCCAAGGGAUAUAGACCUUGAAUUGUUCAAAUCUCUACCAAAAUUCGAUGGAGAUAAAGAGCAAUACCGAUCAUGGAGAUCACAAGUUUGGACCUUCAUGGAAGCGAUAAAGAACUUCCAAUACCAUCCAAAAUAUUACAGCGCCCUGGGAAUCAUACGAACAAAGAUUACAGGACCAGCUGCGAAUAUAUUAACAAAUCACGACACCAAAUUAAAUUUUUAUUCAAUCAUCAACCGACUUGACUAUACUUAUGCUGACCAACGCCCACUAUAUGUCCUCCUGGACCAAAUGAAAAAAAUCUCACAAGGAAGAAAAACUCUCGCAGAAUUCCACGGUGAAGUAUCUAAGGCACUUAAUUUAGCCUUAGCCAAAAUCGAAAUGUCCAGUGAUGACAACAACGAAGGUAUGAAAACUUACGCCAACCAAGAGGCAGUAAGAACGUUCAUCCUUGGCCUAAAUUCAAAAUAUACCAGCGGUACACUGUAUAGCCAUAAUCCAACAAAUUUGGAAUCAGCAUACGCGACAGCCAGUACCAUAUCACACGAUAACGUAAAUGAAGAAUUCGAAACACAGAACGUACAACCCAGAUUCCAGCAUCAUAGGCAAAAUCGGAGCACCUACUCACAACCACAUCGUGAAGAGAGGAUUCCACCUGAUAGCUUAUCGCUAAUUUGCCAAUCAGACUUAGCUGACUCUGAGUCAGAAGAAGAAUUUAGUGACGCCAAGUCAGAAGCUUCGGUACAAUUCAGUCUUAAAAGAAGUACUUCACUUCCAUCCUUUAAAGAUCUGCUAACAAUAUCCGACGAGCCGUCAACAGCUACCAGUUCACCAAAUAUUUCUAAAUUUUUUCAAGAAUUUUUAGACAUGGCUACCCCUGAACAGAAAAAAUCGUUUAUUAGUCUUUGUGCCUCAAUCAUUAGGGAAAAUUACAAUGGAGAUCCGCUAGCACUUGAAUCGUUUAUAGACAAAAUUAAUUUAAUUGAAGAUUUUGCAUAUGAAAACUUAAAUACGACUUUUAUAUCAUUUUUGAAAUCGAAACUCGAAGGCAAGGCACGUGAAGCAACUCCAACAGAAGUUAGUUCAGUUGGGCAAAUAAAAGAUGCGUUGAGAAAUAGAAUAAAGCCAGACAACUCGAAAGUUGUAGCUGGGAAAAUUGCAUCUUUGCAUGUCAUAAACAACAAUUAUACGGAAUUUGCUAAGCGUGUCGAGGAGCUUUCGGAUGCUUUAGAGCGCUCUUUGAUCAUUGAAGGUAUGACACAGUUUAAGGCUCAUGAAAUGGCAGUCGAGCAAACAGUAAACGUUUGUAGACUCAAUACUCGGUCGGAUUUGGUCAAAUCAAUUUUAUCGUCAACUACCUUCAGUGAUUCAAAGGACGUAGUGGCAAAAAUGAUAGUCGAACAAAAUAAUCAAGGGAAAGAGCGCCAAGUGUACAAUAAUAACGCUGAUAACAGUAGGGACAGCAAUAACGGUUCAAGGCAUAACGGUAACAAUUUCAACAAUAAUAGGAAUCGGUCAUCAAACAACAAUCGAAACAAUAACAGCAACAAUAAUAGUAAUAGACGUCCAAAUUCACGCAGUAAUGCUAAUGUGCGCGCUUUAAACGCCCACGCCCCUCAGGAGCGAACACUGAGGGCGGAAGAAAUGGACAACUAA